AUGAACAGACCCCAAGAAGCGGAUAAUUUAUGGUGGGAAAGUUUUGCCACGGAGUUUUUUGACGACGACGCGAGAUUGACCAUCACGGCUUAUUUUGACGAAGGCUUGAAGAGCUUCUCUAUCGGGAGACGGCUCAUCCCGAGAUACUUCAGAACCUGGUUCGAAGAUGGAGUCACCGACUGUUACAUGGUCCCGAGAAUGGCGAAAGAGACGUUUAUGGGAAAUGUGAUCAUGAUAGAAUGCGAUAUGGCCAGCCAAAUUGCGACGCAUACGAAGCCGACAUAUUGUGUGAUACAGUCAGAUGGCAGAUUGACGGUCGAGUUUAACUUGGAAGACAAUAUGAGGAUCAAAAGCUGGAACUUUUACAUUCGAGCUGCUCACGAACUGGUUCCAAAAGGAUACAACCCGAUGGAUGGUCAGCAGCAAAUGCAAGAAUUUGGUCGACCCGUAUCUCGUGGCGGAAUUUCUUCGGCGACCUUAAAUUUUCUCAAACUCUGUUCGAUCAUGGAGCCAAUGCAGGAACUCUUCUCCUUCCACAAGACAUUUCGAAUGGAGCCAAGAGAGUGUCUGAAAAACUGCCUCUUUCAAAAGUGGUCGCGGAUCAUGCAGCCGACAGAUGGAGGACCUCGAGAAGGAGCAAGACCAAGGGGUAAAAAACGAUCGAGAAAACCGGGUGCAAACAGUCGCAGCAAGCCAAGAACUCCAGCAAGUGAGAUUCUGGUGGCUGGGGAACCAACGAUAAUGGGCGGAGAAACUCAGGAAGAUGAAAGACCGAUUACGAGGAUAGAAAAUGGAGAGUCUGACCAAAUUGAUUCAAAAGUCGAAAUACCGCCAGUUUCUGACGGAAUGGACCUCAAUCUUCAAAUUGGAACAAUAAAAUCCGAAAUAGAAAACUGA